UUCGAGUAUUUUAUUCUAUUGACGGGCACAGUUUUAUUGGUAAGAAAAAAAGAUGUUGCAUUUAUAUUUAUGAGUCCUUGGCGUGAAAAAUUAAUGAAAAGCUAGUCAUUCUCAUGCUGCAGGAUCUAUGCACGUGAAAGCGUUGUUGAACUUCAUUACCCAGAAAACAAUGCGCAUAGAGCGUCACUGUGCGUCAGCUCUGGUUGCCCAGCCACAGGGAAAGAAAGAGGAGGCGCACAGUUUGCUAUUAGAAUAGUUCAGCAAUCUUAUUUUUUUAACGUUUACUGUAGUCUAAAUUGACAUAUCCACUACGCGCCUGGGCCAGUCUACAGGCACAGUUUACCCCCGCUCUGGCACACUUGCAACCCGAAAUGAGCGGCAGCGGGCGGCCCAGGACUAGCUCGUUUGCUGAGCCUCCGGGGAUCUCGGGAGCCGCUGCAGCCGCCGCCGGAUCAGCCGUCGCUGGUGGAAGCUCUUCAGGAAAGACGGGGGGCGCGCAGGCCUCAGGCGGGAGUUCGUCUGGUUUCGGAAACCUAAAGCUGGGCAGGGAUAGUGGGAAAGUGACAACGGUAGUAGCCACACCAGGGCAGGGUCCCGACCGUCCUCAGGAGGUCUCGUACACAGACAUCAAGGUGAUCGGGAAUGGCUCAUUUGGAGUGGUGUACCAGGCCCGGCUCAUCGACAGCCAGGAGAUGGUGGCCAUAAAGAAGGUGCUUCAGGAUAAGAGGUUUAAG